UAUAUAAGAGGGUGUCUUCUUCCAAAGGGAACGAGUCCUUCCGGAGUAGCCACUCGAGCAACAUGAAGUCUGUCAUCAUCGCCUUGGCUUGCCUAGCCGCCGCGGCCGUAGCCAGCCCUCAGUUCGGCCUUCCCCAGCAGCAGCAGUUCCUGCAGAACCCCCCAGUGGCAAUCUUAAGGGACGAGCGUCAGGACCAGGGCAACGGCGAAUUCGCUUACACCUUCGAGGCCGACAACGGCAUCAGCGAAUCCAGGAGGGGAUUCGUAGGCUCCCUCGGUCAGUCCAACAUGGAGGGAUCCUACAGGUUCCCUCUCCCCGACGGAUCCUUCGCCGAGGUCCGCUACGUCGCUGACGAAAACGGCUUCCGCGCCGAGUCCCCCUUCAUCCCCACCCCGCACCCGCUCCCCGCCCACGCCAUUGAGCAGAUCCGCAUCGCCGAGGAGCAGCGCGCCCGCGGGAUCAGAUUUGAUUGAUUACUAAGCCCUGAUGACCGUUUCUGAAACCCCUCGACCCAAGAUUCUCAAGUUGAUUUCUUCGGUCGUGUAUUCUGUGAAUACGCGAUCGAUCUACUCUAUCUUGACGAACUAAUUCCUGUUUUCCUGUUUAUGUUUCUGAUCUGUUGCCAAUGAAGGGAAGUACCUGUACUGAAAUUGUGUAUAGAAAAUAAAAAAAAAUUAAAUUA